ACCAUUCAAAAUAUUCUUAAAAUUUUUAAAAUAAAAAAAUUGCUCAAGAAAUUCAGACUAUGAAAUUUGAAACAUUUUGCUUCGGAGACGGGUCACCCUGUCUUUACGGGAAACCAGGACGGGGUUAGAGAGAGACAGAGAGAUGCUGGCAUUCUUGUCUUUGGCGCUUGUAUCUCUGGCCUGGUUGGUGAGGCCCGCAGAAGCCGUUAGUUCCUCAGGCUCAGGCUAUCUGUACAAGAACGUCUUCCUCCUCGCCGGUCAGAGCAACAUGGCAGGUCGCGGCGGCGUCGUCGACGACAUCUGGGACGGCGUCGUCCCGCCCCAAUGCCGACCCAACUCCUCCGUUCUCCGAUUCAGCGCGCGACUCGAGUGGGUCGAAGCGCAGGAGCCCCUCCACGGCGACAUCGACGUGAAGAAGACGUGCGGGGUCGGACCGGGCAUGGCGUUCGCGAGCGCCGUAUUGGGCCGGGAUUCCCGGUUCGGGGCAGUGGGCCUUGUCCCCUGCGCCGUGGGCGGGACCAACAUCAGCCAGUGGGGGCGGGGGAAGCACCUUUACAAGGAGAUGGUGAGGAGGGCGAAGGCGUCGGUGGAGGGCGGCGGGGCGAUUUGGGCGGUGCUGUGGUUUCAGGGGGAGAGCGACACCGUGAAACGAGAGGAUGCUGAAUCGUAUAAAGGGAAGAUGGAGAAGCUCAUCGCCGACAUCCGAACUGAUUUGGAGUCUCCGACGCUCCCUGUACUUCAGGUGGCUCUGGCAUCAGGACAAGGGCCCUUUAUAGGGAUAGUGAGAGCAGCCCAGCUGGGAAUUGCCCUUCCGAACGUGACCAGCGUGGACGCCGAAGGACUGCCAUUGGAACCAGAUGGGCUCCAUCUAACCACGCCGGCCCAGGUACGGCUGGGCCAGAUGAUGGCCAAUGCCUUCCUCGAGACCAUGCCCGGCCCAAUUAAUCCAAGCAGCCCAAUUAAUCCAAGCAGUCCAAUAAGCAGUAAUGCUCCUCGAAGGCUGUCUUCCCUGGUUUCUGACAUUUUUAUUGGGCCGCUGUCCAGAUUCCUCCUCGCUAUCGGCCCAAAGUCUUGACGUCUCCCUAGUGGGGAUCAAGUGCCCAAUUUAUUGCAAACAUUUUUGGUUUAAUAAUUAUCCUCCCCUCUCCAAAGAUUAGGGUAUGAAAAAAAGUUUACUUUAAAAAUUGGGUUUUAGUUAUUUUUUUGGAGAAAGAUUGUUUUUUUUUUUUCACUAGUUUAAGGUACGUGCCUUGCACAUGGACUUGAAUUUUACUUGUUACAAAAAAUAAUAAUACAAAUAGUUUAAAAUUUAAUAACUC